AUGGCAACUGUGGCGAUUAGUGAACUUGACAAAAACGGUGGUAACGUUGUGGCAGAGAUAGUGAAACUGGAGAGAAAGAUCUUUCCUAAACACGAAUCACUCGCUUCCUUCUUUCAAAAUGAAUUGAAAAAGAAGAACAGUGAAUUGCUUUAUCUUCACGUCGAUGGCGAACUUGCAGGCUAUGUCAUGUAUUCCCGCCCUUCCUCCUUAUACGCUUCUAUCACCAAACUCGCAGUGAAAGAGAAAUGGAGGAGGCAUGGACACGGAGAGGUUUUAUUGAAAGCGGCAAUUGAGAAAUGCAGAGCGAAAAAAGUUCCCCGUGUAAUGCUUCACGUGGAUCCGUUGAGAACCCCUGCACUGAAUCUGUACAAGAAGCAUGGUUUCCAAGUUGAUUGUUUGGUUGAAAGUUACUACUCUUUGGAUAGAAAUGCUUAUAGAAUGUACUUGGACUUUGAUUCAAGUUGA